AUGCGUCUCGUGGCUAGAGUACAUGGUCAUAGUUUGACCGCACUUCUUGUAAAAUCUGUACAGGAUAAAUUUAGAGUGGGACAUUUCCUCUCCUCACUCAACACACAAUCCCUAGCUUUGAAUGUGGUGUCUCGCAGGAACAUCCAUGGAUUAGUUGCUGGCGAUGGUGAGGAUGGAGCUGUGGAAUGCUUUGACAUGAGAACGAGAUCUUCGGUUGGGAGGAUAAAUGCUGUUGCAUCUGCCGCUGACAUCGAUGGGGAGGUUACAGCAAUUGAGUUUGGUGGUAAACAUGGUUUUUUCAUGGCUGAUGGAAGUAGUGGUGGAAAGGUUCUGAUCUUUGAUUUGCGCAAAACUAAUCCUGUGCGAGUGAAGGAUCAUAUAGUCAGAGUUUGGGAUCCUCAGACUAUGGUCAUACAGUUGUCUUCAUAUUUAGAUGUGACUAGGGUAGAUGUACUGCAUAGAUUUGAAGAGGAAGCAAAUAGUCCUCUUGCUAUGAUUUUCCAACUAUCAUUAGGAUAUCAAAAAAGGGCCAUUCAAGAAUCUGAUGUUGAGGAACUCUUGUUUUGGGUGGAUUAUAAUAAUGCUACUGUUCACAGUAACACUCCUGGUGUUACCAAUGUUUCUGCCACCACUUCCGCCGCCCCCUGCCAUUUUUCUCUUCGUCCCAGUCUUGAUCAUGGCAGCGUUAAUAUUCUUGGCCUUUUCACAGUCACAUCCGCCGUCACCGCCGCCGCCGCCACCGCCACCGCCACCGCCACCGCUACUUUCGUCUGA